AAGUACACAGAGAAGUCCGAGAGCGGUAUUCAGUUUCACGCGCGGUACACGUGUUCGCGUCCGUUACGGCGUUUAUAAAUUAUUCAUGUGGUGAUGCGUCUAUACAUCCGUUUUUAUAUGACGUGGACCUGCUAUACGGUGUUAAAUUUGAUUUCCUAAUUUGAUUUGAAUUUUAAUUGUAAUAUAAUUUUAUUUUACGUUUUUGUUGUAUUUACCGUUUUUCAUGCUGAUAAAAGUUAUUUGAGUAAAAAUAUAUAUGAGUAAAAAUAAUCAAAAUGUACGUGCCAUUGAUUGCAAUUAUGAAUUACGAUUUAUGAAAAAUAAUUAUCACCCGAGCCGACCGCAAAAAUGUUCCGAUGUCGAACAAUCAAACCCAGCAGAACACCUCGAUCGUUGAAAAUCAAAAGCUGUCAACACAGAUCCGAGGAUCGUCAAUACUGUUGGAACUGCAAUAGUCGGAUAAGUCCUCGAUGUGGCCGUCGGUUGAGCAGGCAUCCAACUCGCUCCAUUUCGGUUCCUCCAGUAAGGAACAUUCAUAAAUCAGUGCCAUGUAUUAGAUCUAAGUCAAUGCCAUAUCGUGAAAAAAACGACAGCAAAAUGCCUACGAAUUUUGAAAAUUCUUCAAUCAAAACUUGUUUCUCACUAUCGUCGCUGCACCCCUCUACGGUUAAUGUAGAGGGUGGACAGCAAGCGGCACAGAGACCAUAUAAUAGCCUUACGAAAAAAAUCAAGAAAAAUGAAACUACGAAUCAGGAUUGUUGGAGAGGUGACAGUAGUUAUGAGUUCUUGUCUAGUUUAAGAACAAGUUAUCAAUAUCUUAUGGAUAACAACUUGAUCGAAAGCUGCAGGGAAGUUGGAUGUGACCUUAAUAAUACUUCACCGAUUCAGGACUGGAAUGUUGAACAGUUGAAUAUCUACAUCAAAGAAUUGGAAAAAAGUUUUUGUUCUGGCUCUACAUCAAAAACCAAUAGUUGCAAUUUGACCGAAAAUUUAAAAUCACCCAAAAGACUGAAUAUGAGCGAAGAAGUUUGUAGACUGAAUAUAUUGCGCCAUAUAGCGCAGCUAUCCAAAAGACUGCCACACUGUCGAGAACCAUCAAUGAACCAAAGUUGCUCUUCAAUAUAUAAUGCACAUUAUUUAGAAGUUAAGUCUAAUUUGAGAUCUCUGGAUCAAUGGAUGGUACAAAUGGAAAUACGAUUGAAACCUAAUUAUUUCCGUGUCAAUUGGAACCGCCGUGAAAUUAGACAAAAAAUGGAAGAGCACAAGUCUAUCCAUUGUGAUAUUGAAACAAAAGGCAAAUGUAUCCGUUUGGUGUUGAAGUAUUGCAAAUGGCUAGCUGACGAGCAUCAAACUGCAAACCCGACCCAUCAAGAGUUAGUGCAAACUGUACCGCUAUUGACGAGAAAAGCGAAAAAUUUCGAACACCGUUGGCAACUUUUAUACAUAAGAUCGUUAGAGUGGAUUUGUUUUAUCGAAAGUCUUACUGUAAAGAAAUGUCGAAAGGACAGUAAUAGUUCUUCGGAUUGUGAUGAAGAACCGGUUCACAAAUGUCCACGGCUAGUCGAUCAUAAAUUGUCUUAUCUUACAAACAAUAAAUACGAUAGCUGUGAAAUGGAAACAGAAACUUCACCAUCUCCUGUGCUUCAAUCUGAACGAAUAUCAUUUGAUGAUACGGCUAAUUUCCAUAAGUCGGAUAGAAAAGGACCAAACUUAGCCACUUUCUACUACAAACAUUUAGACACUGAUUCGGAGCAAGAAUCCCAAAAAAAGUUCGUUGUAGAAAGUGAAGUAAAAACAUCAGAAUCGUCAGAAGAAGAGUGGAUUUACAGUACAAACAAGAUGACAGAAGUAAAAAAUCCUGAUGUGCAUGUGUCUUUGGCGGAACGAGCAAAUUUAGAAGAAAUCAAAGCUCUUGUCGAAAACGUUAAUUGGUCAGUCUCUAAAAAUAAAAACCCUGACAAACUUUGGAUAUCGGGUAGUGGUGUGAAAAAAAGAAAUUUCAAACAUGAUAACUUUAAUUCUGAAAAUGAAGAAUUCAUUGCUGACAGCUGUGAUGCGAGUGGUGAAUAUACUACAGAAGAUGAUGAUCAACAUUUCAGUUCGGACAAUCAUUCACAUUUAUCACAAUCGUGUGAUAUAACCAUAAUGCAAUCUACUGAUCUGGAUUUUUCUUCAAACCCAGGACAUAUCAAUGAUUAUAGCCCUUCAAAGGUUGUUCUAAGAUCAAAAACAAAUUCAGGAAACUCACUAAGACCUGUUAGCAUGUCUGGUCUCCCUCAAAGUACUCCAAAAGCAAGAUUCUUGACUGAAUCAUGCCAUUUAUCCGUUUCUGAAUCAGCUCUGAACCAGAUUUCUCAUGAACAAGUAUCUGUAAAUGGCAGAGACUCGUCAACUAUUGAGGAGUCCACAGCAACUCAAACGCAAGACUGUUGUGGAUCUUUUAACACCAAUUCUCUUAGGCGGCGUAAACUCAAACACAGAAGAAAGAGUACCAUGGAAAGAAAAAGUAAAAGUGGAUCUGCUGAUAGUCUAUCAUCUGUAGUCAAUUCUAUAACAUCUGUUCCCUACAACGAAAUAACUGCAUUUGGUUCAUUUUCUGGCUCUUUAUGUGGUAUUCCUCAAAAUGAUUCACAACGAAUGGAUUCAGAAACUGAAGAAGAGACAGCCAAGGAUUCAAAACGCCCAACAACGCGUAAACGUCCGAUAAAAAUGCCUGUAUUUCGUUUGGGUGAAUUUGGUGCUGUUACACCAAGAGAAAAAAGAUUCCCCUUAACUACUCAGUUGCCAUCUGGUACAACCGAUUUUAGUUCAUUUUCCGAGCAGGCUUGGGAUAGUUAUCAAGAAAAGUACUUAAGUGAACCGUACAGUGAGGACCCACCAGAUCCAGAUUCCGUUAGACGACUUCUAGAUUUUGGCGAUGACUACAGGAAAUAUAUUGACAGUCAAUCUGAUUGCGCUUCUAGCAUAGGAAGACCAAGUUGUCUUGAUGAUGAAACGUUUGAACAAGACUCUUCAGAUUCCGUUCGUAAACUCAUUAUUAGGAGUCGGUUACAAUUGAAUUACUUCGAACAAGUGCUUUCCAAACUAGUAACUUACCCCAGUUCUAACCUCACAAUUACGGAAAUCAACCAGCUAAGACAAUGGUGCCGAGAAAAUGAAUAUUGUCUCCGUUUUUGUUUGGAAGAAAUUAAAGAUAACAAAACUUGUGUUUCGACAAAUGACAAAGCAGAACUUGAAAGCAUGGUGAAAAAAUGUGAACGUUUAGAACUAGAUAUCUCUAAACAAGAAAAAAUACAAUUGCUGAAAACUGAUAUAGCAGCAAUCAAAAGUCAUUUAUUGUCAUUCACGCCUAAUGAUCAGCCCGAUAGUAAUGUGCAAAACAAAAAUGAACUACAAGUACUAAUUCACACUGCUAAGACUGAACUAUCAAAUUUAGAAUUAUAUUGGAAUAAUUGCAAUAAAGUAAGCAUUACUGAAGAGUUAAACAGACAAUUUAAUGAAUCAAAUGAUGCUAAUGCUGUUCUAAGACAUUUGAACAAAGAAGUCGCAGAUCUUUAUUCUAUUUAUACUAAUGCUAAGCAAAGGUUAGAUAGUGAUAUAUCAAGGUACCAGAAUGCAUUAAUCACAUGGGUUGAAUGUGACAAACAAUUAAUGGAACUGGAAAUGAAAUUUAAAGGAUUUGGUGAUGAUGGCGGGGUUAGAGGAAACCCAAAAUCUGGAGGUUUUGGAUCAGCGUCUGACAGUGGCAUGUCAGAUUCAGGGUCAGAACAUGAACUUAAUGAACAUGAAAAACGAUUAAUUAAUCUUAAACAAUUAGCCAACAAUUUAAUGACUAUUAUGACUCCUGGAAAUGAAGCUCUGUCAUCAAUACUAGUUAGAAUAGAGAAUAAUGAAAAACAGCUGAAAGAAUUACAGCAAACCUGCAAAGAUCUCAUAGGCAGAACAGAGAUUAACCAUGAAAAUGAUAAAUUGGAUGGAAAUAAAUACAUAACUGAUACUAAUAUUGUUGAUACUACUGCAGAGAACCCAAAAACUCCUCUUAAGAAAAUUAAAGACAAUACUGCACUCCUGUGGCGUACUCUGCGAAUUGCUGUACCAUUCUAUUUGGCUGUCAUGAUUCUGUGUUCUAUUGGUUGGCUGGAACCCCAGUGCUGUGAUCUUCAGAACAACUAUAAAUGGUCUUUUGCACUUGGUUUACGGUACAUGAACGGACCACCACCGACGUGAAUUGUCAUUACACCUGGUUAAUGUAAAAUCAAAAUGCAAACAAAAUUCAUACUUCUUCCAAAUUAUUUAUGUAUAUAAUAUUAUUGUUAUUUCAUUAUAUAGUUAAUUGUUUGCAUUUAAAAUUGUUCCGAUUUGACAUGUCGAUAGAGCAAUAAUAUUUUACAUACAUGUUAUCCUACCGUCUUACCGGUUUAUUCGCGCUCUUCUCAUUUAAGUUCAACAUUCCUAAUAAUUAUUUUUGAUAAGAUAUUCUGAAAAAUGUACAUUUCUAUAACUAUUAUAUUUUUUAAUGUUUUCUAAAUACUUAUGGCAUGUGCAUAUAUAUAUAUAUAUAUACAUGCAUUUAUAUGUAAUAGCAUUUAGAUGGAUAUUUAAAAGUUCAAUGUUAUAAAAGUAUAUAACUAAUAAUU